CAAUGUUUAUUAAGCACAGGUCCAAUAUAUGAGAAUAGAUGAGGAAGUGAGGAGAUGCUCUGAUCCAGACACUUACAUGGAAAAUCACGACACCUUAUUAUUAAUACUUUCUGCUUAAGUUAGCAGGACUACGUUAGUUCCUUGUACUUUAACAUCUGGAACAUGCUGAUAUCUGGUACAAACACUUCUCUCAGUGACACUUACAAGUGAGAAACAUAAUAAGCAGGGUAUAAUGCAUAAAACAGUAAAGAAUACAAUGUGCUGGACACAGGCAAACCUAAAGUCUCACGGGUGAUGUAUCCUUUUAAGAAAACCUCUGAGACUUUAUUCUUAUUAUAUAGGGAAAUCGGGAUUUAUAUUUUUGUAUUCAUUAGUAUAGCUUUCUUUUGAUUCACUGGCCUGUUGCACAACAUUACUAUCAUUAGAGAUCAUUGGUAUUGGUAUUAUAAGUAAUAUGUUGCUCAGUCUGAGUGAUUGUGGAGAUGCUGUGUUCAUUUUUAGGAAUCUUAAUGCGUUACAAUAAUAUAAUUUUGCCUUACAUUACAGAAAAAUGUAUCUUUGAUCGAAUUUACAGAUACAGGAUACCAUAGCAAGUUAACAUGAGGGGUAUAUUUCUGUAGAGAAAAAUAUAGCCUAUUACAAUUCACAAAUAAUAUACAAAACAUAUUAACAUAGACUUGUUAUGCUGUCGCUCACUUAAAGCGUUUGAAGAUGCCUUGUUUGAAAGCUUUUGAUAUUAUUAUCGGAAGUUUGAGAUGUAGAUGACUACUCGUGAAUUCAUACAGCCUAAUCGAUGAUAAAGUCAGCAGUUGAAAUCUCCUCAAAGCAUCAGUUUUGGAGAAGCCUCUAGUCAUGUGCAUAUCGACGUGACGUCAUUUUGUCGAAUAAAAUGCGAAUACGCGCUAAGAGCAACGCUUGAUCCAAUACAGCGAGGGUAACGUAAGACCACCGGUCAUAGAUUUAUCACACAGUGACAGACGUUUCGAUUUAUCGUGUCGUGUGUGAAGACGUGCAGCAGCAGAUACUCUCUCUACAAGGGAUCGGACUCCGGCAACGAGCCUUAUGAACUCGGACAGGUAUCGGCAUUGAAGAACGUGACAGAUAAACGGCACGCGGGUGAAUAGUACGGCACUUACCAUGGAAACCGGCGGCAACAUUUCGGACUUUCUGUAUCCGUUUACCAAUCCGGCGGUGUCGAACAACAGCGCGUUUUGCCGAAACUUCAGCAACAGCUCGAGCGUCACGAACCCGAACAGCUCCAGAUGUGACAGGACGCCUGAGCUGGACAGUAGCUCAACUUCUGUCAUAGUCGCGAUCGUCAUUACUGCUUUAUACUCAAUAGUGUGUGUGGUGGGACUGGUGGGCAACGUGCUCGUCAUGUAUGUUAUUGUCAGAUACACCAAAAUGAAAACUGCGACCAACAUCUACAUCUUCAACCUUGCUUUAGCAGAUGCCCUGGCAACAAGUACUCUCCCAUUCCAGAGCGUGAACUACCUAAUGGGCACAUGGCCAUUUGGAGAUGUGCUGUGCAAGAUUGUGAUGUCCAUUGAUUACUACAACAUGUUCACCAGCAUCUUCACCCUCACUACAAUGAGCGUCGACCGUUACAUAGCUGUCUGUCAUCCGGUUAAAGCCUUGGACUUCAGAACCCCCCGUAAUGCCAAGAUUGUCAACGUUUGUAACUGGAUCCUUUCAUCGGCUAUCGGGCUUCCUGUCAUGGUCAUGGCCUCCACUAUGCUUGAGUACAACAGCAGCUCGUUUGGCAUCACCAACUGCACUUUGCUCUUUCCCCAUCCUUCCUGGUACUGGGAGAACCUCCUGAAGAUCUGCGUUUUCAUCUUUGCCUUCAUCAUGCCUGUGCUCAUCAUCACCGUCUGUUACGGCUUGAUGAUUCUCCGCCUGAAGAGCGUCCGCAUGCUGUCUGGCUCGAAGGAGAAGGAUCGCAAUCUGCGCCGCAUCACCCGAAUGGUCCUGGUGGUGGUGGCGGUUUUCAUCGUCUGCUGGACCCCAAUCCACAUCUUUGUCAUCAUCAAAGCCCUGGUGAACAUUCCCAGCUCGCUCCUGCAGACUGUCACCUGGCAUUUCUGCAUCGCCCUCGGCUACACCAACAGCUGUCUCAACCCAGUCCUCUACGCCUUUCUGGAUGAGAACUUCAAGCGAUGUUUCAGGGAGUUCUGCAUUCCAAGUCCUUCCGUGCUCGACCUGCAGAACUCCACACGUACCAGGAACCCCCAGCACGAGGGCCAGUCCAGCGGCCAAACGGUAGACAGGACGAAUCAGCAGGUAUGACUAGUCCUGGAGAUGUCAUCACUGGAGUCCCGCUCCCAGCCCAGUGUUGACAUGAGCUCAGAGGUCACACAAGUCACCACGGGUGUCUGACUGCUUGAAAUGCCAACAAGUGAGUCGAAGUACCUCUGAGCAUCUCGCUAGGCCUCCCCCAAAGAGUUCUUAACAAUUUUGAUAUGGAGAAAGACUGUUGGUGUACAUGAGAGAGAACCGCACCUCAAACUAGACUUCAGCGUGACGUGUGAUGUGAUGAAAUAAUGAAACACCCUAAAUGACAGACAGAAUUUAUUCCAAUGUUUGGAACGUUCACAUGCAUCAGAUGUGACCCUUAGGUUAGACAUAUGCAUUUGACCAUCAUUUAAAGGGAUAGUUCAAUCAAAAAUUUUAAAUCUGUUAUCAUUUUCUCACCCUCAAGUUGUUUCAAACUGUAUACAUUUAGUUGUUCUGUUGAACACAAAAGAAGACAUUUCGAAGAAUAUGGAAAACUACACCUUUCUGGGGCACCAUUGACUACCAUAGUAGAUUUGUAUUAUACUAAAGUAGUCAAUAGUGCCCCAGAACUGCUUGGUUACAAACAUUCUUCCAAAUAUCUUCUUUGUAUUCAGCAAAACAACAAAAAUUAUACAGGGUUAAAACAACUUGUAAACGAUGACAGAGUUUUCAUUUAUGGUUGAACUAUCCCUUUAAGAACUGUAUAUACUGUAUAUUCACUCAGCUAUAGCUGCAACGGUCCAUUUUGUAAAUGUUAAUGUAAUAUAAUAUCAAAAUGAUAAUUUUAUAAAUGGAAGCUUUGUAGACUGCUGAAACAAAUCCAUUCACGUAUGUAAAUGAUGUACACGUCAUUUAUUCAUCAUUUCCAGAAUUCACUGCAUUAAAGUAUUUUUAGAUUCUGGUCUGCUUUCAUAGCCUUUGCAGAUUGAUUAAGCCGCCAUUCAAUCGUGUUUCUUUGGAGUGACUAUUAAUCAUCAAAUGACUGUUGAAAGGCAAAAACACUUAUUCUCCGAUUUACUGUGAGCUUUAUAUAAAACCCAGUUAGAAGCGCCUUGUGCAACAAUGGAUAAUCUUCACGCUUCAGUGGUUACAAGUGCGUUGUGCUUGUACUUCAAUGCUAUAUUCUUGUACAAAUGUAAAUUUCCAAUGUAAUUGUCUGAAUGUCACUCAAAUUAAGACGAUGUGUCUAAAAAAACAAAUCUUUUACUGUUUGCGCUAAAACUACUUUAAGAUGUGUGUGCAGGUGUUUCUGUAAGUUUUUAUAUACUGUAUGCAGCAUCUUAAAUAAAGCAUUAUAUACAAUA